GUUUGUUCCCAGUCGUCGUCAAGGUAAUAAGAGUUGGCAUGGGGAUGAGUGAGGAAGGCUAAGUCCUCCUUAUGGAAUGAUUGGACUUGAGCUUGGUUUGGUGGUAGGUCCCGUCUAGGAAUAUUAUCAAUGACGAAGGCUGAUGAGAAAUCGUCAUCUAAGUUGCUUGGGAAUCUUGGAGAGAGAUCUUUAAGCAUAUUAGAUCUGACUUACAGCGGCUUGACAUGUGGUCUUAAGUUGCUGACGUGCUACUGAGCCCUACCUAACCUAACUAACCCUUGUCAAAGCAAUGGAAGCCAAGCGACCUAAGAGGCAACCAAAGUAGCAUCAUCAUUACCGGGUGGUGACACAGCACAGAGCCAAUAGUCAGCCAGACAGCUCCUCGACAGCUCCUCGACAGCUCCGAAUCUUGUCGUCGGUUUCGAUCGUUUUUGGUACAUGGCUAGAUAUGUGUCGAAGGAUCAAUUAUCUAUCCGUGAAUACCACAAAAGAAGCACGGGCCAAUUGAGCUAGGCAAGACGUCUGGACUCAUGCAUGGAAGGAACAGGCAGUAUAAACGUCCAAAUCUGACGUCUUCUCCCUUCAUCCUCUGAUAAGGAUACCCAGGUGUAGGGAGCGUUCCCGUGGCUUGAGGUAGGGUACUGUAGAUAGGGUCAAUAGUGCGUUCUCAAGCAUGUGCUUGUCCGGCUCGGCGGAGCUUUUACUGACGGACGGGUGAUUUCAUGACGUAUGUCCGGCUAAGAGGGCACAGCGUUAGGUUAGCUGGUUUCUCGGCGGGUUUAGGCACGCCGCUAGCCGUUCCGUUGCAAAGCAUCGUGGACGGUGGUUGUGCUCUUUAGCUCUUGUCUCAUGAGGGAGGGAGGCUGUCAACUUAUACCGACUUCACUGAUCACCUUGGGCAGAGCAUUCAUGGGUGAAAGGAGGCAUGUCAGUCUUAUAUCCAGUAUCUAUGCCCUGUCGUAUAAUUGAUUACCUGCGGUGCUUUCUAUUCAGUGUGCAUCUCUGUGGGUGUAUGUGUGUAAGUCGCUAUGAGCUCCAUCAUGGCCGGGCAGCCCUGGCAGAAUUUUCCAGGGCAGAUGCCGGCUGGUUAAACCCUCGUCCAUCUGGUCCCUGGUCUGCCCCUCCAAUGGACCCCUCCAAGAUUCUGACCCCUCUAGCCCCUCCAUUUAUGCAAUUCUCAGGUGAAUAGAUACAGUAUCCAUGUAGGAAAUGGACGUCUCUAGAAGCCUCCAACAGCUUCAUUCUCCGUAAUCCUCAGGUCACUCGUGAAUACCAGAGUCUCAUCGAGGAGCAUCCGCUCAAACGAUAUAUUCCGCGUCGCCUGAUUUGUACCCGAGCUAUAGACCAUGCUGUCGAAGAAACAUUUCAAGACCUCCUCAACUGAGGGGUAACAACAAGUCUCUCAAGAUCGUGUAAGAAACGGUGAGUGUAUGUGCUUGUUCCUACUACACUCUCAUGCAUGCAGGGCAUUAGCAGGGUCGUUGGCACUCGAAUCGACGUCGACUUAUGACAUGGGCCCGUCAAGUCGGCAUCCGAGAAUGAUGACUUCGAGAAUCCGAUGUGAAGCUGCACUGCAGCAUGUUCUUUAUUAUUUCAGACUUGAUUGGGAAGCAGUUUUGGGAAACGGGCAAGCCUCUUGACCUGCUGCAUGCCUAUGCAGCCCAGCACAAAAAUGUCAUUUCUGCGAUCGAUCUCAAGUUUGCCGUUAGAGGUGCGAUUGGUUGCUGUCCUUGGUCAUUGGACACUCUAAGAGACCGGCCCGGCGAAGCUGGCUCAUCGAAGAAAAGAGCUUGAUGAAAGAAUAAGAAGAAAAAAAGAACGACACCACUUCGGUUAGUCAAUCCGAGAAUCAAGUUCCCUACGUAAUGAUCACACCAGUUUGGAUCUGGAGGACCCUUAUAUUAUGGCUCCCUUGACAAUAUCGAAGCUCUAGCCUUUUCGUAUUUGACAGCUGCGAGUCGAGCAAACGUGGGAGGGGUGUGCAGGGGACUUUUUAGCCCACCUGUGGGACGUUCUAGGUUUUUUUUUUCCUUACUCAGUUUGGGGGUUUAAAAAUCGAAUUGGAGGUUGAAACGGGAUGGAUGGACCCUGGCGAUCAAAUCAUCAACGGACGUUACUUCUCUGGUGAGUCGUGACCACACCACACACUUCUCAGUUGCACUUUGUUCUCGUGUGACCCGGAACCUUCGCUCCGACAUCUAACACCGACCAACAUCAUUAGCCAACCUUUUGUUUGGCAGUUGGAAAUUGCCAAGCCUGUUUUCUUUGUUUUGGCCAACUGCCUUACCUUGCCUAUUGAACAAUACCCUGUUUUAUCUUCGGCAAAAAUAUCAAGAUUCAGGGUCUUGAUGGGAAAUCAUCCUGGACUACCUUACCAAAAAGCCUCCCGUUGCAGAAGACAACUAAUAUAAACGAAUAGCGAAUCACCGCGCUCCCCCAAGUUAUUUCUCCCUUUCUCGAUUCCUUGGCUCCCCGAUCCUUGUCUGGUAACCAAACGACUGCCAUCGUCACUUCUAGACUUGUCUUUCUUUCUAUGCCUCCUCCUUUUUAUAUGACUGCGAUCUCUGCGGAUUUAGACCAGAGCUGAACUCUGCUCUACACCCAGGGUCCCGCAUUCAAUUCUUGGCCUAAAUCCAUUAGUUCAACUUUUCAUUUACUCCUCUUUACCGAAGUCCACUCUUGUGUCAACUUACACAACUCGAUGAAAAGACUGGCUUUUGACUUGACGAGUCAUCACCUCGACGAUCUUGAUCCUGACAUGGACCCAACAGCCCGGAACGAGCAGCUGCUCGACCGGCGAACACAGCUCACAGAAGGACUUUCUAGCCUACCCUAUGACUUGAUACUCUACCUCAACCGUGCCGCUAUCCACUCGGAUCUAGGAUAUCCGGACCUUGCAGCCGGUGAUGCAUAUCGUGCACUCUUACUAGCCGAUGAGGUUCUCAAUGAGGGCUUCGAAUAUCAUGAGCAGGCCCUCGAGUCUUUGCAGAUGCAUACAGCAGUUCCCUUACCCGAUGUUCUAGCACAUGGGAACCUUCCCCAAGAUGAGCUACAGAGCCCCGAAACUGACCUGGAAGUCGAAGACGAGGCAGUCAAACGACUGGCCAUAUUGGCGCAAGUUCGUGCAUAUCAGAUCCUAUCUUUAGGCCUGUUACUUUGUGGAUCACUGCAGAGUGCUGCCAGUUUCUGUCAGCGCGGUCUUCAGCUCUCACCAUCGAAUCAAGAACUACUCGACACCAAGAACAACAUUGUCACUGUCGCCCGCAGAAGGCUUCGCCGUGAUGACAUCGAUAUUGACUACCCCAAUCUCCCCGAUCAAGGUCUCGUCCGUCGCGAGGUCUACCCCUGGAAUGACCACGAACCUGAUCGUUUCGCCCCGGAAUCAUUGGCUGAACUCAACGAGCGUUUGAGCUCCAUGGCACCAAAGUGUGUUGUCGAGGUUGCGACCUUGCCUGUCUUGUUAGAAGGAGCGAGCAGCACCGAUGACUAUGAAAUUAUUCCAACAUGCAAGCAGCUUGGAGUCUUCGCCAAGGAGGACAUCGCCCCCGGUGAGGUUGUGCUGAAGGAAUACUCACUUCUCACGGCGAACAAUCGUCUGAAGGACUCCAUUUGUGACGCAUGCAGUUCUGAUCUGCCACCACUAGGCAGCGAGAACGAGCCCGUCAGUUGCCCUGAAUGCUACGAUACGGUGUUCUGCACUCAGUAUUGCUUUGAUCAAGCCAUGGAGAGAUAUCAUCCAGCGGUUUGUGAGAAGGAUGUCGAUGCAAUCGCUAAGGAUCCUGAUGCAUUUGAAGCGGACCAAACACUUUACCUUUUGCUGCUUUCUCGUGUCUUGGCUAUUGCUGCUCACGAGGAGGUUAAUCCUCUUGAUGUUCGAGAGGUCAAGUAUAUAUGGGGUGAUUUUGUUCCGACUCGAACCAACGACAUCAACGUCUCACCAAAUGCUGGCCCGCCUCCUGAGUGGACACUGCCCUUUUCUUUCAAAUACAAUGUCGAAACACCGCUCCACGUUUUGGAAAAGAUGGAUAUCGAUAUAUACUCUUCGCUCGCUGAGAACGAUCUAUGGGUUCUCAACACGCUAUACGCCAAGUUCAGGGGCACUGCUUCGGCCCGUAAAAACCCUCGGGAUGGUCGCCCUGAUGUCGCCGCAGUGCACCCGUAUUGGUGUCUGGCGAACCAUGAUUGCGACCCCAACGUCACAUGGGAAUGGGGUGGCCGCAUGGUUCUUGAAGCCAGAAAGGAGCGUGUUGUGGGUGGUCGUCCGGGAGGUAUCAAGAAAGGUGAGGAGAUUCUCAACCACUAUUGCGACGUCAAUUUGCCUGUGCAACAACGCCGGGAAUGGGCAAGGGGUAGUCUAGGCGGCUGGUGUAUGUGCAAACGAUGCCGCGAUGAGGCUGCCAUGGGAGAAGCAAAUCAUGUUUGAGAAUUUCAUGCUGUGAAUUGGGAUUUUAUGAAGCAUGGAGUGGGUUUUUGUACCUUUCAGGGAUAGGUCUAGAUAAAAUGGGUGGAUCGAUCAUAGCAAGUAUGUGCUUUGGAUGGGUAGAUGAAGUACAUUUUUUGAAAGUCUCAAGAUACCACAAUAAACGAAAGGUUCUUAUCAUACCAAAUGUCCGGCAACUAAAGCCUAGCAGCUCUUUCUCCUUUCUAUCAAGCGGCUGAUGAUACUGACCAAAUGGCCAUGGAUAUGUAUGGACAACGGAUAUAAUUAAACCAGGGGUCCAGCAUUGAACGUGAGCAUUUGUUGAAAUAGUUUGAAUUCUAUAGAGGCCAUCACAAUCGAUCAAAAUUUGAAAGACCCCUCAAUCAGCCCAGUGCUUCGUUGCUUGAGUUGCAACACAGUCGCUUCUAUUUCUAGGCCGGCACCUUACCUUGGUUGCUCAGGAAGCGGCCGAGGUCCUACGAUCUGUCUUCGACCAGCUCCGAUACCCACUGACCCCUUAUUCUGGCUGUCACCACCUGUAUAGCCAGCCCAUUGCCCAACAUCCCACCGACCACCAAUACCACCGCCGAUUCCGUCUACACCUUCAUUGGAGCGCACCGCCGCAGCAGUCUCUUUCUGUGCCUCUUCCCACUCGCGCUGCCGUUGACGUUCCAUCUCCAUCUCUCGUUCAAGAAGUGAUUUGGAGGCCCACCCACCUGCCUUAGUCUUAUUCUGGCUCUGUGCGCGGCGCUGGUCUUCGGCAUCGCGCUCGGCUGUGGCGCCCAGUUCGCGUGAAUAAGUCGCCUGGGCUGCAGGUGGUGAAGGGGCUGGAUUACUUGAUAGAAAGCGGUCGGUACGGCUGGGAGCGGCGGGUGUAGGUCUCGAGGAGUAUGCGGCGGGAUCCGGAAGGGGCCGGCUGCUCGUGUUCUGUGACUUGGCCUGGGGAAGGGCAGUCGGGU